AUGACUCAAAAACGCAUCUUCAUGACUGGUGCCUCCGGGUACAUUGGCUCCGUGAUCACAGAAUUCGCCAUCGCCAAAGGCUACACGGUCCGUGGGCUGUCCCGCAGCGAGACAAGCGAUGCUAAACUUGCCGCACUCGGCGCAACUGCCGUUCGCGGGAGCCUCGAGACCUUGGACGUGCUCCAGGCAGAGGCAGCCCAGGCCGACUUUGUCCUGCACCUUGCGCACACACUUUCCCGCAUGGGCUUCAACACCCCCUAUGACAAGGUCUUGGCCAUCGACCGGCCAGCCGUGACCGCCAUGGUUAUGGGUCUCAAGGCGUCUGACAGCACAGACAAGUCCCUCAUCAUCACCUCUGGGACUCUUACCGUCCUCCCAGAUCCUGAUGGCAAAGAGACAGACGAGACGGCACCAAUCAAGACGGACACUCCGCUGCCACGCCACAAGUGCUUUGAGCAUGCCCAGGCCGUCACCGCCGGGACGGACGUCAAGGCCAUGUGCAUUCGCCUUGCUCCUUUUGUCUACGGACGCGGGGGCUCUGGUGUCAAGAUGUUCCUCGAGGGCGCUGCCGCCGCAGGAAAUGCUUUCUAUAUUGACGAUGGUGCCACACGCACAACGACAGUGCAUGUCGAUGACGCGGCUAGGCUGUACCUGCUCGUGGCGGAGAAGGGAAGGGCUGGCGAGGAGUACAAUGGGAGCGCCGAGACAAAUGUCACUAUGAAAGAACUGCGAGAGGCUAUGGGCAAUGUGCUAGGCAUUCCCGUAGUGUCUCUGAAGAAGGAGGAGGCGCUCAAGAAGAACCUGCCCGCUUUCCUUGUCAUGUUCUUGACGAAUGAGAACAGGGCGAGUGGUGAGAAGGCAAAGAGAGAAUUGGGCUGGAAGGUCGAGAUGCCAGGGAUCUUGGAGGACGUGAGGAAUGGCUCGUAUGUUGCCGUUGCGGAGGAAUUGACAAAGAAGUGA